UAUUUACCGUAAUAACAGUUUGUCUUGUGCCGUGAGAUUGGCAACAUCCACGGGGGUGUUCGUAUACGUCAGUCCUACCUCCUCAGCAUCACUGAACUUGAUAGUUGUGUUUCUGCAUGACCAUUCUGUGGAGUAGUAGCAUCUGCAGAGUGCUUUGUAGCUCUUGGAAGAUUCAAAGCGACUGCCUUAUUUUGCUGUUGCAUUUUGCUCAAACUCUUUCAAGACUUUGUUGAUGAUCUUAGGUCUUUAAUGCAGACCAAAUUCAACAGGAGAACCACUUAUUUUAUGCUGCAACAACAGAGCUUAAUUUCAAUACUGGGAUCCGUUUUCGGUUAAGUUCUCGGAGCAAUAUUUUUUUUUUCAAAUGCGCAAGAUCUUGAGUAUGUUGGAACAACAGUAGCGCCCGGAAUGGAAUUAAACUCGAUGGAUCGGAUUUCUUUGCAACGGUUGGCCGGGAGGAUGGGCGUGUUUCGCUCAGCGUAUCAUCUCAUAUUGACGGGCGCUAUAAUUUUUAUCAUACCCGUUUUUCACAUCGUCUCUGGGGAGCUCACACAGCUCAUCGGCCCCCAGUUCGUCUCAGUCCCCCCUCCCCGUGUCGACUUCGCUCACAAUAGCGGUGCCACACUCGUAUGCUCCGCCUACGGUCAACCAACACCCACUGUCCAAUGGAUUCUAGCCGAUGACGAUAGCCCGGUCGUUGAGGUGGAGAACUUGCGCCUCGUGACCGAAAAUGGAACUUUGACUUUCCCGCCUUUUUUACCCGAUGAUUACGUCAGUGCCGUGCAUGAGGCUUCGUAUAGGUGUAUUGCACGGAACCGCGUUGGGUCUAUACGAAGCCCAACAAUACGAGCUAAUGCGGUAAUUAUUCAGCCCUACACAGUUGAACUUCAUGACAAUCACGUGAUGAGAGGUAACACAGCGGUUUUCAAAUGUGCAGUUCCUGCCUAUGUUAAAGAUUAUAUCGAGGUGACGUCAUGGUCGCGAUCGACCAAUGAACUGACUUCAGAUGGUAGAUUUAGCAUCUUACCAACGGGAGAGCUCCACAUCCGGGACGUUCGAGACGAGGACGGUACGGGGUACCAGUAUCGCUGCAGCACGAGGAACAGACUCACAGGCACGGUCAAAGUGAGCCGUGCAGCCCGACUCAACGUUGCGAAUCCAACAAACACUGUCCCAGAGAUGAUAAACAGCCGUCGUGAAUACGUAGGUAAAGUUGGCGACACCGUUGAGUUACCAUGCACAGCUAGCGGCUACCCAAUCCCUGGAUACCAUUGGAUCAAAGACGGAUCACCAGUUACCCUGGAUGACCGAUUGACCCUCAAAGGCGGGAACCUGCUGAUUACUGCAGUUGUACUGGAGGAUGAUGGGAUUUAUGAGUGCGAAGCAACCAGUGACUCGGGUAGCGCUACUGCCAGCAGGCAUUUGACGGUCAGAGAACCACUGGCAGUUUAUUUCUACCCCCAACGCCGAAGCGUGGACGUCGGGGCCUUUGCAAACUUCAACUGCACUGUCAGUGGCUACCCAAUCGAGCGAGUCACGUGGUACAAGAACGCCCAGCCAUUGGACGGUGAUGACCGCGUGACUAUUUUCGACAAUGGGACGUUGGAGGUGGCAGGAAUGACUAGGGAGGAUCGGGGGAUGUACCAAUGCGUGGCUAGUAAUAGCUGGGAGACUAAAGAAGCUACCAUGCAACUGUCUAUGGGUGCCGCUAAACCAAUCCUGUUGGACCACUUCACAAACGAAACUCUACAACCCGGACCUAACCUACAGCUCUCAUGCACGGCGGCCGGUAACCCCGUCCCCGAAGUCACGUGGUAUCGUGACGACACAACACUUCCACCAAUGGCAAGGUACGCCUACAACGACGUCAUCAACGCAGACGGAGACGUCGUGAGUCAUUUGAAUAUCACCAGGUUGAGGACGCUAGAUGGCGGGCUCUAUCGGUGCGAGGCUACCAGCGAACUCGGCAUCUCCAGACACGAGGACAAUAUCUUUGUAAUAGGUCCACCCUUCGUCCGUCCUCUGCCGAACAUCACCGCCGUCUCAGAUCGAGACCUCACCAUCCACUGCCGGGUAGUCGGGUACCCCAUCCAGUCCAUCACAUGGUCCAAAAGAGACCUGACCCUCCCAACAAACCUCAGGCAGACGGUGUUUCCAAACGGUACCUUGGUCAUACGCAACGUUGAGCAAGGGAGGGAUGAGGGGGAAUACGUCUGCACUGCCCGUAACAAACAACAGUUGAGUCACUCGCAGAAGUUCAAUCUCGCUGUGCGCAUUCCUCCAGCGAUUGCCUCCUUCUACGUGGACUCCCCUCUACCACAGGGCCAGCGUACACAAAUGCUGUGUAGCAUCCCACGGGGUGACGUCCCGUUAACUAUUUCAUGGCUGAAAGACGGUGAACCCAUACCCCCUGGAAUUGGAAUCACUGAAAGUCAAACGGCCUUCAGUAGCUCGCUGCUGAUCCUGGACGCGUCGCCAGUGCAUGACGGCAACUACACGUGUGUCGCUAGUAACAUGGUUGCGACCGUGAACUAUACAACAGAGCUUGUUGUUCUAGUUCCUCCUAGAUUUGUGUUGCAGCCUGGCGAUACAUCAGUUGUUCUCAACCAUACCGUAUACAUCCCGUGCGUGCCAGACGGUAAACCCAAACCCGUGGUGCUAUGGAAGAAAGCGGAAGGACCUGGUGCUUCCAACUUUGUUGACCUCCCGAAUGACCCCAGAAUCUGGGUGACCUCGAACGGGUCAAUGGUCAUCGAAGAGGUCGAGGAGGAGGACAGCGGUUUCUAUUUGUGUCACAUCUCCAAUGACGUCGGGAGUGACAGUAAAACUGCAAGGCUGUCUGUGUAUCUUCCGGCCAGAUUCGAGUUCACCCCCGAAAACAUCACCUCGGAAGAGAACAAAGACGUCUCAAUGGACUGCCUGGCCAGCGGUCAUGACCCACUGGAGAUUCAAUGGCGAAAAGAUGGAGUCCUCUACACCAGACUGGAGAUGGCGGGAAAGUUUGAAAUCAAUACGGUGAUUGCGAGGAAUUCGAUGAGGUCGACUCUGAGUCUGUACAAGGUGGGCCGAGUUGACACGGCCGUGUACUCGUGCCAUGCCGAGAAUGAGUACGGGACGGACGAGCGGAAUAUACGCCUCUGGGUUCUCGAGGCACCCGAGCCACCGAGCAACCUCAGCGCCUUGGAGAUAACUAGUCGAAGCGCCCUCUUGGGUUGGAAGCCAGAGUUUGACGGAAACAGCCCCCUCACCGGCUUCAUGCUGGAGUUCAAGAAUGGAAGUGAUCCUUGGCAAGGCGGACUACCGACUGCGCAUGUGCCUGCCAACGUCACACGACACAGAUGGACUAUUGCCAGUCUACAUCCCUAUAAUACAUAUCACGUGCGUGCCUACGCGUUCAACGCGAUCGGUAUCAGUGAAGCUAGUGCUGAGAUCUUAUUCACCACAGACGAAGAGGUUCCAUCCGGGGCGCCGUUGAACAUCGAAAUGGAAAGUGAAUCUUCACAAUCAAUCACCAUAACUUGGAGACAACCAAGAGCAGAUCUUCAAAAUGGCGUCUUGCUUGGUUACCAAAUCAGACAUAAAGAUCGUGACUCGCCGUUUCAGACCAUCUCGAUCCCAGUAGAGACUGGAUACAUAGAAACCUACACGCUGAAACAUCUCAGGAAAUUCGGGGAGUACACCAUUCAACUGGCAGGGUACAACCGGAAGGGCAUGGGACCUUGGUCACCUGAGAGGAAGAUCUUCACACAGGAAGAUGUACCGAGCGAGCCACCGAGAACAGUGAACGCCGUCCCUACUGGUCCAACCAGCCUGACGGUGAUGUGGGACAGUCCAGCCACGGAGGACUCCCUCAACGGCAUCCUGCAGGGUUAUCGGAUAUACUACGAGCCGGUUAGGCAAGACGAAGAUGAGUCUGAUGCCCAGGUAUACGAGACUCUUGUACUAACAGCCCACAUCUACAACCUGCAGAAGUUCACUAACUACAGUGUGGAAGUGGUUGCCUACACACGCAUUGGAGAGGGAGUUAGAAGUCCCAUUAUAUUCGUCCGCACUCAACAAGACUUGCCAGGGGCACCUGCGAACAUCAAAGCAUACGCGGCUUCCCCUACGAGUAUCACAGUCGCCUGGUUACCACCUCUAUCAAUAAAUGGCAUCCUACUACACUACUACCUCUACAUCAAGUUCAUGCAAGGAGAGAAUGAGAUCACCAGAGAAGUUGAACUCGACCCCCAUGUUAGUCACUACAUGGUGUCAGAUUUACAAACCAAUCACGAGUACGACUUUUGGGUACGAGGUGACACUAUCAUCGGGAAGGGCGAGUCAAGUCGUGUGGCUACUGAAAUACCAAUGACCCGAGUGCCAGCAAGAGUGAUGUCAUUUUCCAAAACUAUAACAACAACCUGGAAAGAAGAUGUUGUGAUGGACUGCCUGGCAGUUGGCGACCCCAGACCCACCAUAGAGUGGAGACGUAACAGAUCGUUACUGGAGGAGAACGACCACAUGCAGGUCCUGCAGAAUGGUUCUCUCUCCAUAAAGGCCGUCCAACCCUCGGAUGCUGGUAACUACUCUUGCAAGGCAGUCAACACAUGGGGUGCACCGGACGAGAUAACUGUAGCUCUCCAUGUUGUAGCUCCCCCAUACGCACCUGUUCCUACGCUGGGUGCAAGGACGGCCCGCUCAAUUCAAAUCAACUGGAGAUCAGGAGGAAACGGUGGUAGCCCAAUUCUUGGGUACCAACUGCACUACAAACGAGAACACGAGCAGACAUGGACCCUAGUACGGAUCAACGCCACUCUACGAAGCCACCGCUUAACCGAUGUCCUGUGUGGGACACCGUACAAAUUCUUCAUGACGGCUGGGAAUAAACUUGGGAUUGGAAAACCUAGCGAGGAGUUUGUUGUCAGAACAACUGGAGAGAUUCCAAUACCGCCAUCAACCGACAAGAUUGUCCCAUAUUCAAAUGCGACUAGCAUCUCAUUGGUGCUCAGUAGCUGGUCAACCGGCGGAUGCAUGAUACAAUCGUACAGUAUCCAAUACAGGAACUUUGGCGACGACAACUGGGUGCCAGUUUCAAGUAAUAUACCGCCCUCAACGUCAAUGUAUGUUGUGGAGGAUUUGCACCCGCAGUCGUGGUACGUGUUUCGUGUGACGGCCGUGAAUGGUGCAGGACCGAGCGUGUAUGAGUUCCGGGUUGCGACUACUGCAUAUGGUGGCGGUACCGCUGCCCCAAUCGAGGUGAUAUCCGACCCGAGCACCGGUCACAACAAGCUUGCCUUUUAUGAGAACCCCAUGCUCUUUGGCCCAGUGCUGGGUGGCAUCACCCUCCUUCUCGUCAUCCUGUUCAUAGCUCUCUUCGUCUUCAGUUCGAGGCGUCAUCGCAGGGACAUCAAGAAAAAGGCUGCCAAGAAAGAAGCUGAGACCACACAACUCGAAAACAAUAAUUUCCCAACACAUGGGCGUAGAUACAUUCGGCCAGUUGAAGGCGGAUCUUCAUCUGAGAAUGAACCAUUCUUACACGGGGGUGUCGCUCCUAUCAAUAACCUGAGCAGCAUCACCGGGGCAACACCAUGGGUCUUCAACAGUAGCUCUGAUUUCGAUAUAGAUGUUCUAGAGGGCGCUGUUGGUGGUGAUCCAUAUAUGAACUUUAACCCCGAUGAUUCUUCGGAUGUACUAUUCCCCAGUAUGAGUACAUUCCGAUCAACAGGUUCAGAUGAUCCUAGCCUGGGUGACUUAGGACCGCAUGGGGGCGUCAUUGACGUCGACAGACUGUACGAUCUGCCUCCUGACUGCGAGUACUUUGUUACAACUGGUAACCGUGUUUCUAUGUCAUCAAGCCACGACUAUGCGUGUUUAGAUGACAUUCGACCGCACAUGAUACCUGUUGUGCCCAACCGUCCACAGAACGUUUACUGCGGCACACCAGCUGGGAGGCACACGCCAUCUCGUGGGUCACACACUCCCUCGGUGCGCAGUGUACACACACCAAGUAUGAGCUCCUCUGAGAGACGUCGAGGCCACUCAAAGAGAGGCAGUCAAGCCUCAAUCUGCACCACAGUGAGUGACAAGGAGCUAGCCUCAGCCUACGAGAACGCCUGCCAGCUGGAGCAAGCUCGUAGGAGGAAUCCACGUUCGGUGACGUCACCGAACCAUCCCGGGCACCAUGAUUUUGAUUACUCCACAGCAAGCGAUAUAGAGGCAGGGAUACGACACUUCACUGCGUCACCGCCAUUACCCUCCGUACCGGAAAGGACAGAUAGUUACGCUCCCCGGACUACAUACAUCAAAGAGGGUGCCAGGCCGAGGGAGCAAAUGCGCCGUGUUAGCACUACCUCCCCUCACCCCAGUGAGACCAGCGAAUCCGAACAGGACAGAGGUAGAUUCCACGUUCAGGUCUACAGACCAUCCCGUUACAAGGUCAAUAGGAGAGGGCAAAGGAAAGGUUAUAUGGCAACCAGACCGGUUAUAAGGGCAAGCAGGGGACCAGCUAGAAGGCAGCGACAAUUUGAUAGCCGUAGCAGUACACCAAGUUCUAGUUCUCCUGAUUUUAGCGGCUCUCGUGGCCGGAUCAACAUACGUCAUGAGCCGUCCAGCCCGUCUGAGGGUUACAUCUCACUGCCGUGCGACAGCUUCAGUGCGGCACCAAGUGGUGUUACGGACAGUGACACUGGAACGGAGCUGAGGUGGAAGGGACAUCAUUUUAGGAGGAGACCAAGAGAAAAAGGCUCAAUAAGCGAACCUGAAAGAUGGCACGCCAGAAAACCGCCCCUCCCACCACCUCAUCGACAAUCAGUCACCCCCGUUCCAAAAGUGGUGCAUCCCGACACUAAGUACCACGUUCCAAACUACGCCGUCGUCAAAAACGAGAGAACAAUUUACGCCGAUCCCAAGUGGGACAGGGACCACCCAGAAUGGAGAACACAAGCCACCAUAGCUGAGAAAGAGGACCCCAAAUGGGAUGAAGAGGAUCCCAAAAUGGGUGGCCAAGAACCCAGUAAGUGGGAUGCAGAGGAUCUUAAUAAAUCUGAGGUCUUAUCAGAACAUUCCUCGUUCCCAUCUUGCUCACCCCCGCUACCACCGCCAAUGAGGCGUCACAGCCCCGAUGGGAACGAUCAUUGCAUGGAGGAGAUUGAAAUACACGUGCUGUCAUCCACAACUUCUACGGAUUCGCCGUCUAACUACAGAGAUGAGUUUACAAUUGUAUAGCACCGUAAAGACCUGCAUAAGCCAUAUUGAGGUAUGGUCACCACGAGUUGUCCGAACGGUCGAGCUGUCUCAACCGUCGAGAUGUCCGACGGACGAGUUGACUAAACACAUCACUGCUGCACCAGUUGGUUUGGUUAACGUUGUAUGUUUGCACCCAGUCCAAACCGUGCACUCUUUAUAGUGUCCACCAUGGUUCUAAAAGGCUAAUAGGGAGUUGCGACAUUGCAUGGUGAGGUAUCAAUAUAUAAUUACCAAAAUGGUUCAAUUUUUAUGUUGUUAUCAAACAAUAGCUCAUAUUUUUUUCUGGAGGUUAUAAACCGUUCUUAGUAUUUCAAUUUUCUGAUAAAUUGCAGAAUAAUAUAUGAGCUCGAGGGCCCUAAAUGGACGUUGGCAGUGCACAAAUUUGAAAUAGUCGAAUAACAAUAUGUAAUUAUUGUGACCUGAAGUUCUCGUUAAAUUUAAUUUGGCCAAUCAGUGCUUACAGGUAUAUACACACUGAAUUGCAAAAUAGUAUUACUAGAAAUUUACUAUGCGAUAUAAGCCCCUAUUGAAAGGAAAAUCAUACCCCGAAGCAUUGUAAAAAUUUAGUCUGAAAUCCUAUGGAUCAUGAAGUUCAUACAGAUCAACUAUUAAUUUUGUCUUGACAUGGGCCAGUGAAAAAUUCAGUGCCGCCAAUUGUUUUUGUAAACAAAAAUGUAUGUGUUUGUUAGAGAUGCCAGAACAGUCGCAGACAACGUUCAUGAAUUGUGCCAUCAGCCAUAAUAAACGCUGUAAUAGAAAUUAAAAAAGAAAGAGUAAAACAAACCUGUGUUUUAUGUAUAGGCUUCAAGGCAUGGAUGGACACCUUUGGUAAUAUUGUCAAAGACCAUGCAUAAAAUAAUAAA